AUGGUGGAGUAUGCUGAUUCCAUGGCCCUACCAGUACACGAAGAAAUGAUGCGCAAAAUCACGUUGCUUGCCUGUGGAGACGUGUCGAGUGUCCAGUGUGAGUACUCCGGUAAAACCUACUACGAGCGGCAUCUUUACUGCAGACUUUACAGGCCACGAGGAUGUGUGAGGGGACCAAGGGGAGCCGGCAGACAAAUCAUCAUGGAGUUGGUGAUGCAGAAGAUCUCCGCCCAUCACCAGCACUUCAUGGACUCAUUCGCCAACACCAUCAUUGAAGGCGACCCCGAAGGUUGGAUUGACUGGGGGUGGUACUUGUUUCAUAGUCUUGUCUGCCAGCAUGAUGAUCUUGUGGGUGAUUUGAAUCUUGUCUGGGUGGAUAUUGACGCUGAUUGUCCCAAUCGGAGAAUCCACCAAAUCAUCCACAGCGAUCGGUACUGGGACUGGAGGUCGUACGUCAUUGAAAGGCUGUUCCAGGAGGAGGAGCUGCAGGAGCUGCUGCUGUGGUCUCACAAUGACAACCAGGACGACAACGAGGACGACAACAACGAGGAGGCCGAACUCGGAGGUGUUUUACCACCUCCUGCAUUGGAUCCGGAGUUGGAUGAAAUACGGGCCCAACUCGGAAUACCUCCUGCUGCAUUGGACAAUGCAGACUUCAUGGACUUCCUUGAGGCGGACUUCAUGGACUUCCUCGAGUCGGGAGAUGCAGACGAGUCGGAAGAUGGAUCCGAAGAUGGAUCCGAAGACGGAAACGAAGACGGAGAAGAAGACGAAGAAGAUGGAGAAGAAGAUGGAGAAGAUGGAGAAGAAGAUGGAGACGAAGAUGGAGACGAAGAUGGAGACGAAGAUGCAUUGCAAGAUGGAUCGGAAGAAGCGGACUGGGAAGAUGGAUCAUUGGAAGUUGGAUCGGAAGGAGACGAAGAAUGGCAACAGCGUAACUCUUUCCUUGAACCUGAUGCCGCUUCCGAGAUGAUGGAGGAGUAUCUUACCUGGGCAUUCCACCCCGACCCAGACGCAUAUCACCAUGAACAGCAAUGGGAGCAAAGCAUUUACUGGGAUGAAAAUGCAGAACAGGACUAUGCUAACAUGAACUUCUACCACCACAGGACAUCUUCGGACUGCUGGUCUGCAGUGAAUUACCACAUCUACUCUGUCAUCAGACGCCCUCGCACGCUUGGAGAGAUUGCAGAUAUGGGCAUCCACUUGGAAUUGGUCGAAAGUUGGUGA